UGCGACCAACAAUUGCAAUUGAUCCAUUCCCAACAAAUGGACCUCCCCUCCCUCCUCUAUCUUUUCGUCCAGCAACCCAUCGCCCUCGUCGUCCUCCUCCUAACCACUCUCCUCUCCUACCGCCUCCUCACCCCCCGCUCCCCCCGUCCUCCCAGUGCCACGACCCACAUCCCCUUCCUCGGCAGCGCAAUCGCCUACGGCACCGAUCCCGUCAACUUUUUAGUGGAGCAACGCAAGAAACUAGGAGAUGUAUUCCAGGUGAAUUUGUUGGUGAUGAAAAUGACGUUCGUGGUUGGUGGGAAGUGGCAGCGGUGGUUGUUGAGGCAGGUGGGGGAGGAGGAUGGGAUGAGUUUUUGGAGGGCGAUAUUGGAAAUGCAUCUGGGGCUGCUCAAUUCCUCUUUUUAUCAUCCUGGGUGGGUCGAACGGGCGAAUAAGGCUCUCCAAAACGGAAUGAACCGACCCGCCCGCCUCGAAAAAUACGCGGAGCAAUUUGCCAAAGUCGCAGAAGACCUCUACGAACAAUGGUCCACCGCCGAAAAGAUCCCGCUCUUCCUCUCUGGCUCUGACCUCCUCCUCCGCGCCAACAUGACAGCUCUCUACGGUCCCGCCUUCGUUACCAAACACGCCGACGAACUCAUCCCCAUCGUCCGUCGUUUCGAGCGCAGUUUCACGAAUCCGCUUGUGCGGGCGCUGCCGUUAUGGGCGAGUAAACCCGGACGGGAGUUGAAGAGGUGUUAUGAACGGAUGAAGGUGAUUAUCGAUGAGGAGGUGCAGAGGAGGGUUGGGGAUCAGGACUAUUGGGGGCAGCAGGACGAUUAUAUGAGUUAUUUGCUGACGAUUGACGAUAGGGUCGAGGCUUUCUUUGAUUGUUAUGGGGAGCAUUUGAUGAUCAUGAUCUCCGCCUCGCACGUCAACACCGCCGGGACAUUUUCGUGGACGCUGCUGCACCUUCUCCGCACACCCGGUCUACUAUCGCAAUUUCAGGAUGAGAUACGGUCCAACCCACCUUCCGACUCUGGCGUGUACCCGGCGAAGAACAUGCCGUUUAGUGAAGCAUGCAUGCGGGAGACGGGUCGAUUGUACACCAACCUCGUCCUCGUCCGAUACGCCGAAAAAGACCUGGUGGGUCCGGAUGGGACGGUGGUGCCGAAGGGAUGGGUCGCGGCGAGUCCGUUGGCGACACAACGAGACCCUGAGCUUUACCCACAACCCGAACAAUGGACCCCCGCCCACUUUUUGCCGGAUAAGAGCGGGAAGAGCGAUUAUGCGAACAAGUUCCGGAAUAAUGAGUUUGUGCAGUUUGGGUAUGGGAAACAUGCGUGUCUUGGCGAAAAGUUGACGCAUACGCUUCUAAGGUCCUCGCUGUGGCCUGCGUUGCUUGAUUCGUAUGAUGUCGAGAUUGUGGAUGGAUUGCGAGAGGUGGAGGGGAUUAAUGGAGUGGGUGUUGAGGCGAAUUGGAGGGAGAAUAUGGGGACGCCGUUUGCUGUUAGGGAGAUUUGGAUUAGGGUCAGGAAGAGGGAGAGGAAAUUGACGGAGGCGGGGGGGCAGACAAUUGUGGAGGAGAAGAUGAAUGGGCUUUUGAGUGUUGACACGACGGGGUUUUGA